GCUUGCCCUGGCUUAGCGUUCUGUGACCUGGUUCUGUUUGCUGGCUGAAUUUUACUGGAAGAUGGAACAUAGCAAGAUUCUGGCUGGUUUGAUGCUGUUUGCCUUUCUUCCCCAAGUGAGCCCUUUCAAGAUACCCGUGGAGGAACUUGAGGACCAAGUGUUUUUAAAUUGCAAUACCAGUGUUUCGUGGCUAGAGGGAACGGUGGGAAAACACUUAGCAAAAAAUACAAGUCUGAACUUGGGAAAACGUGUUCUGGAUCCACGAGGAACGUAUCUGUGUGAAGGGACAGAUGAUCUGGCCAAUGAAGUAUCUACUGUGCAAAUAUAUUAUCGAAUGUGCCAAAGCUGUGUGGAGCUGGACUCAACCACCCUGGCUGGCAUCAUCAUCUCUGACAUCAUUGCCACUCUGCUCCUUGCUUUGGGAGUCUAUUGCUUUGCAGGACAUGAGACUGGGAGGUCCUCUGGAGCUGAUGACACUCAGGCUCUGCUGAGGAAUGAACAGCUCUAUCAGCCCCUCCGAGAUCAUGAUGAUGGUCAGUACAGCCGUCUUGGAGGAAACUGGCCUCACAACAAGUGACCCUGAGCCUAGAAGCAACAUUACGGGGGCUGGAGAGAUGGCUUAGCGGUUAAGGCGUUUGCCUGAAAGCAGAAGGAUCUUGGUUCGACU